AUGGGGUGCGCGUGUUCCCAUCCCAGUGCGCUCGACGAGUCUCCGCCUCACAAGCCUGCAGCAGAGAAGCCUCCCCCUCCCCCACAGCAGCAGCAAAGACCGCCAGCCGCCACUCCGCCUCCCGCCGCCGUCCCCGUGGCACCCGAGCCCCCUUCCAUAAAGGAUCCCCCGCCUCCCGCCAAAUCAGGGGCUCCGCCAACAGUAGCAGCUGCGCCAGCGGCGGUAACCGCAGCUCAAGCCGCGGGGAAGGGCAGCUCGCGGCAGAGCGGGCAACUGGGGGCGGGGGAGGAGGGAGCGGAGCGGGAGAGACGGAAGGAGCGGGAAAAGGAGAAGGAGAAGGAGAAGGAGCGAGAGCGCGAGCGGGAUCGAGAGCGGGUGGGAGAUGCGGUAGUGCCGGCGGCGGUGGCGUCGGUGCCGCGGCAGGUGCACAAGAGCCUGGAGGCGGAGCAGGUGGCGGCGGGAUGGCCGUCGUGGCUCGCGUCCGUCGCCAGCGAGGCCAUCAAGGGCUGGGUGCCGCGCCGCGCCGACUCCUUCGAGAAACUCGACAAGAUAGGGCAGGGGACGUACAGCAACGUGUACAAGGCGCGCGACCUGGAGAGCGGGCGGUUGGUAGCGCUGAAGAAGGUGCGGUUCGACAACCUGGAGCCGGAGAGCGUGCGGUUCAUGGCGCGCGAGAUCGAGGUGCUGCGGCGCCUGGACCACCCGAACGUGAUUCGGCUGGAGGGGCUGGUGACGUCGCGCAUGAGCUGCAGCCUGUACCUCGUCUUCGAGUACAUGGAGCACGACCUCGCCGGGCUCGCCGCCUGCCCCGGCAUCUCCUUCACCGAGGCGCAGGUGAAGUGUUACAUGCAGCAGCUGGUGGCGGGGUUGGAGCACUGCCACACGCACGGCGUGCUGCACCGCGACAUCAAGGGCAGCAACCUGCUGCUCGACAACACGGGCAGCCUCAAGAUCGCCGACUUCGGGCUCGCCACGUUCUACCGCCCCGAGCAGAACGUGCCGCUGACCAGCCGCGUGGUGACGCUGUGGUACCGGCCGCCCGAGUUGCUGCUGGGCGCCACCACGUACGGCGUGGGCGUCGACCUGUGGAGCAGCGGCUGCAUCCUCGCCGAGCUGCUCGCCGGCAAACCCAUCAUGCCCGGCCGCACCGAGGUGGAGCAGCUGCACAAGAUAUUCAAGCUGUGCGGGUCGCCCAGCGAGGAGUACUGGCGGCGCUCCAAGCUGCCGCACGCCACCAUCUUCAAGCCCACCCAGCCGUACAAGCGCGCGUUGCGGGACCUGUUCAAGGACUUCCCCGCCACGGCGCUCAACCUGCUCGACGUCCUGCUCUCCAUCGAACCCGCCGACCGCGGCUCCGCCACCUCCGCGCUCGCGCACGAGUUCUUCACGACGAAGCCAUUGCCAUGCGACCCAGCGAGUCUACCGCAGUACCCGCCCAGCAAGGAGUACGACGCCAAGCUGCGCGACGAAGAGGCCCGCAGGCAGAGGGCGGCAGGGGCGAGGGCGGGCAAGGUGCUAGACAGCAGCGCGAGCAGCAAGCAGGCGGCGGCGGGGCAGGGCGCGCAGCGCAGCAGCACGUCGCAGCAGCAGCCGCAGCUGCAGCAGCAGAGCCUGCAGCGCUCCAGCCGGGCGGUGCCGGCGCCCCACGCCAACGCGGAGCUGGUGGAGUCCAUCAACAUGCAGAAGGCGGCGGUGGGCAAGGCGGCGAUAGCGAAGAGCAAGAGUGAGAAGUUCAUCAGUCCGGCGGAGAUGGCGCUGGCGGCGGGCCUGCAGGGGCUGGGCCCGCACGCCAUGGGCGCCGCCAAGGCCGUGGACACGCCCGACGGGCUCAAGGCGCUCAAACCCGCCGACGCCACCGACAAGCUCUGGGGGGCGGCGCCGGGCGGCAAGGGCUUGUCCGCCACGACGUCGUGGGUGCAGGGGCCGUCCUUCUCGUCCGCAGGCACUGCUGCUGGCGCCACAGGGGGGGCGGCAGGGGCGGGGGUGGGGGGAAGGAACGUGAGUGGGGAGGUGGGGAUUGGGGAGAGCAAGCAGGGGGGGCUGGUGCGGACGGGCAGUGCGGGCAGGAGCAAGGGGGGUGUGAACCCCACGAGCCAUGAGCUGUCGGCGGCCGGGGUGGCGGCUGCUGCUGGCGUGGCGGGUGUAGGCGGUGGCAGUGCGGCGGGCACGGGCGCGUCCAAGGACUUCUCCACGGGGUCAUCGCGUGACCUCACCGAGUCGAGAGAUGCUGCUCUGCGCAAAGGCGCUGCUCUCAACAGCAGCACCACCAAGGCCCGCCUGCACAAGACCCGGUCAGGGGAGUUGUCACAUCUGCCCGGUAAAUCCGAGAGUAAAUCGCGAAACAGCUCGAUGGACGAGAGGCAUCGGCGUGAGAUAGAGGCGCUGUUUGCAUCGGCGUCCAUGUCUGGCGUCCUGCCGGGCGGGCUGGUGGGGAGUGGUGGGGACGGGGAUAGGGGCAGGGAGAAGGGGAGGGAGCGGGAGCAGCAGCGGCCAAGCAGCAGCGGCGGGCACGGGGGGGGCAGCAGUGGGCCGAUGCGCAUGUCGACACGCAAGGCGGGGGGAGCGGGGCAGGCGGAGAAGAGGGGGGUGGAUCAGAAGACGUGGAUGCUCAUGGGCGCCAAGGGCGAGCUGCCUCCCGGCAUCGCUGCUGCGCUGGCCGCCACGCGCGGGGAGGGCCACAGCCACUCGCUCAACGCCGUCGCCAGUGCCAGCAGCCUUGAGCGCACGGGUGGGGGUGGAGGAGGAGGAGGGGGAGGGGAGGACCGUGCAGUGGUGCGCAGCAGCAGCAGCAGCGGGGGGCGUGGUGCGGCGGUGGAGGUGAGUCCGCGGGGGCGGCCCGUGUCCACGUUCGCUGUGGAGUUCAGCCCGCGCCGCGCCAGCCCCAGGCGCCCGGGCAGUGGCAGCGGCAGCGGCAGCAGUGCAGGCGGCAUGCGAGGGGCGGCGGCGGAGGGCAGUCCGCGGCGGCGGUGGUCGCCCAUGCGGGAGGGGUCGCCGCGGGGGGCUGCUCGGCCCAAGCGCAGCGUGGUGGGUGUAUCACCCUCGCGAGGCGGCAGCGGCAGUGCUGGGGGCAGCGGGGGGAGCAGUGCGCACAGGCGACGGCCGUCGGGGGGCAGUGGGGGAGGGAGUGGGGGAGGGGGAGAGUCGCAGCAUGUGGGUUUGGAGGGCGGUGUGGCGCGGCCAGGCGCCGUUGCUUCCACUGGCACUUGCUCUGCUGUGGGCCACAUUUCAUUUGUAGUUGCUCUCCGCUUCACGUCCGUGCCUCGCGUCCCUAAUGCUGCCGCGGAGUAUGCCUUGAGUGAUCGCACUCCCUCGCGCCAACAUAUCGUGAGCAUGGCUGCGACACCCGGAGCGGCACGGCGCGGCUCGCAACACAUCGGGUGCGAAUGCAUGCGUGCAAAGCACCGCAUGACGGCAGGCAUCCGCAGCGCGACACAAAUCACGCGAGGCUGUGCCAGACCCCGAGUAGCUGUCUCCAUCUUGGUGUGCAGCGGCCGCGCCAUGGAGGGAGUGGUGGAUAACACCAUGGAGGGAGUGGUGGAUAACACCAUGGAGGGAGUGGUGGAUAACACCAUGGAGGGAGUGGUGGAUAACACUAUGGAGCGAGUGGUGGAUAACACCAUGGAGGGAGUGUGGUAG